AUGGAAGAAAAUUUCGAUCCGAACACUGAAAUCAAUGCUGUUGAUUCAUCUAAUAACACUGAUAAAGAUCAUACUUCUCUAACUGGCAUGUCCAAUUCGGUUACAUUUCAAGAAAAUAUUAUCAGAACAAGUGAUGAAAAUAUACUUAUACAACUAGAAGAAACUCCAGGAAAUCUUAUAGAUGCACAAAGCGAUCAUAAUAAAAUCAAUACUGUUUAUUCGCCUAAUAUCAUUGAUAAAGAUCAUACUUCUCUAACUGAUAUGUCCAAUUCGGUUACAUUUCAAGAAAGUAUUACCAGGACAAGUGAUGAAAAUAUAGCUAUACAACUAAAAGAUCCUUCAGAAAAUCUUGUAAAUUCACAAAGUGAUGAAAUUGUUAUUGAUCCUCAAAACGAUGAAACUGGCAUGUCCAAUUCGGUUAUAUUUCAAGAAAGUAUUAUCGGAACAAGUGAUAUACAAUUAAAAGAAGAAAUCGUUAUUGAAUUAAAAGAAGAAUUUGUUAUUGAUUCUCAAAACGAUGAAACUGGCAUGUCCAAUAAUUCAGUUGCACUUCAAGAAAGUAUUACCGGAACAAAUGAUGAAAAUAUAGCUAUACAACUAAAUGAAACUUCAGGAAUUCUUAUAAAUGCACAAAGUGAUGAAAUUGUUAUUGAUUCUCAAAACGAUAAAUCUGGCAUUUCCAAUUCCGUUACAUUUCAAGAAAGUUUCAUCAAAACAAGUGAUGAAAGUAUUAAAACAAGUGAUGAAGGUAUUAUCAAAACAAGUGAUGAAAGUAUUAUUAAAACAAGUGAUGAAGGUAUUAUCAAAACAAGUGAUGAAGGUAUCAUCAAAACAAGUGAUGAAGGUAUCAUCAAAACAAGUGAUGAAAGUAUUAUCAAAACAAGUGAUGAAAGUAUUAUCAAAACAAGUGAUGAAGGUAUUAUCAAAACAAGUAAUGAAAGUAUUAUCAAAACAAGUGAUGAAUAUAUAGCUAUACAAAUAAAAGAUCCUUCAGGAAAUCUUAUAAAUGCACAAAAUUCUCAAAAUGAUGAUUCUGAUUUAGAUUCUCCAAACGAUGAAUCUGAUCUAGAUUCCCAAAACGAUGGUGAUGGUUCUUAUGUAAGUUUACAUAAUGAUAAAAAUACUCAAAGCGAUCAUUUUAAUCAGGAAUCAUCUUCAAAAAGCUUUAUUCCAAAUUUGAGCUUUAAACGUUUCUUCACCAAGAAAAAAAGGAAAGAUAAAUCAAGUAAUUUGGAAAAAAAUGACGAUGAUGGUGACAACAAUUUUGCGGGCACUUCUAAUAAUUUUAUAGAUGAUACGUUAACUGAGCUACCUCGCAAUGCAAUUCCAUCUAAACAAAAUAAUCAAAAGUUGAACAUUCAAGCAAUUCCACCUGAUCUCAUUAAUGAAAAUGCUGUGACUACUCGUUUUCACAUAAUGAUGCCGAAAAGAGGUUUAAAGAAAAAAUCUAUGGUUUUUGUUAUUGGUAAUAUUAGAGAAUUAGGUGAUGAAAGAUAUGGAAUUGUAAGUCUCAAAAAACACUUGAAAAAUCCUAUACAUUGGUAUUCUGAUCCAAUAAGUAUACCACUUAAUAGUCUUGAGGGCAGAUCUUUCUAUUAUCGUUAUUUUAUUUAUAAUGGCACUAAAGGUGGUUUAACAAAAAAAUUAUUUGGUCAAUUAUCUACCAAAGCUUCAUCAAACGAAAAUACAAUUCCUGAUCUUCAAUAUGAUAAAAAAAAUUGGGAUCAUGAUUACAGAAUGCGUGAAUUCUCUUUCAGGGAAAAUCAUUUUGAUGUAUGGUGCAAUUCUGAAAAUAAUAGUGAAUAUCUAUUAAGAAAAAAAGAUAUACAAAAGUAUUAUCCGUAUGUCUCUUUCAUUUACGAUUCCAUCACUGAGACAAAUUUAAAGAGUAAAAUCAUUGAAUAUCUAGAUAUCAACAGGAGGCACUUUGAGGUUCUGGAUUUUGAAGCGAUAAGAGACUUUGUUUUUACACAUUUCAAUAACUCAAAUCUUGAUAAACAAAACGUAUUUUUAUGCGUGUUAUUGGCUCUUGCGAUAAAAGAUAAAUUAUCUAAAGCUACUAUGCCUUAUGAAAAGAUUCUUCCUGAAAAUUUCCCUUCUUUUGAGAUGUUACAAACAUUUAAGGAUAUUAAUGUAGAUGAUUUACCUCGUGGUGUUCUUAAAGUUCUGCCACGACUUUUCCGUAUCGUUGUACAACAUAUCUCAGUUAAUUCUAUUAAAUUUGAAUGGAUAAAAGCUUUUGAAGUAGCUCCAACUAUUGAUCCAAGAUAUACUUUCCUCGACCAUUUCAAGGUUCAUGUCUAUUCAACGGAUUCGAAGGGACAUGAGUCAAAUUUCCUAGAGUCACUUAGAAAUUUCGCAAAACCGUACAUGGAUAAAAUUGAAAAUGAUGAAAUUUAUGUCAAAGUUUGCAAGGAUAACAUCGAAUCUAUACUCAGAUUACUUAAUAAUAACAGAUUGGACUGGCAAGAGGAUUCUGCAUUACAAGCAUUAAAUGUUAUUUCUGUUUCAAGUCAAAUGGAAUUAUUACAAAUUUUUCCGAAUCAAUUAGUAAACUUUCUCGAAGAAGACUUAAAAGAUAUCGAUUUGAAUGAUAGAAUACUCAGUAAAAUUUGUACUCAAUGGUUAGAAACAACAUUGGAACAUGUUAAGGAUGCGCAAAAUGAAUCCAAGCAUAACGAAGAAAAUUUUGCAUUGAUAUUUAGUCGUGUUUUAAAAGAAAGACUUGGUCAAAGUAUCAAGACUGGUGAUAAUCAGUUACUAGGCAAAAUAAUGAAAAUUUGCAGAUCUAACGGACAAAAAUUGAAUAUUCCAAACACCUUACCAAAUAUCGAUAUAAACAAAAUGGAAAUUAUUGAAGAUAAUUUACAAAAAAUAUUGAUCGCAUCUUCAACUUUUUGGGUUUACAUCUUAAAAGCCACAGGAUCAGUUGAAGAACUUCAUAAUCGACACAUUUACGUGAAAACAGUUCGUCAAGCCAUUAAUCAAUUAUCAAAGAAAUUAUUAAAUAAAACAAUAGAAAUAAGCAUGCUUAAAAAUGUUCUUGCUUAUGAAGAUAAUAAAUUAUUAGCCUACUUUUCUACGAUAGUUGAUAAUAAAAUUACCAAGAAUAUUCUUAAGGAUCUUCGAGAGAGUUAUGAAUCAUAUAUUAACAAAUUAAAGAAACUCGACGUUUUCUAUAAACGAUUUUGUGGAAAAGCCACAGAUAAACAGGUUUAUAUUCAAGAUAUAGAAACAAAAAUAAAUAUGCAAGAAAAUGUUGCUCUUGAAAACACAACCAAAGAAUCAUUCUGGAAAAUUCAUAAUCCUAUUAUAGAGGUAGCUCAGAAUUCUUAUAUUUAUGCAGAUUCUCAAACAUUUAAAAAUGUUUUUGAUAAAUGCUUGAAUACGAUUGGAGAGAAAUUAACGGUUGAAUCGAUUGCCCUGAAAUAUAUUCGUACAGCUCUUUUAGAUUAUGAUAAUUUAAGAGCAGAAUAUAAAGAUUGGACAAAACUUGAAUGUUCAAAAAUUAGUCCAUUUUGGAAAGGCGUUGAAGUUAAAAAUAUUGAUCAUGAACUUGACUUAAUUUCUCGUGAUAUGAAAUGGCAACCAAAAGAUAACUUGAAAAAAGCUGUAAGUUAUCUUGCUCAUAUUAAGUCAUGGAGAGAACGACUUAAUGAUUUAGGAAAAACUUUGAAAAAUUUUAGAGUUCAAGAAGUUGCUGAUAGUUGGGUAGCUCAUGUUCAUAAUAGGUUACUCAAAGAUUCUUUAACACUUUUAGAAUUAUAUAAUGCUUUUAAUGAAGCAAAUAAACAUAUUCAUAAUCUUGAUGAUAAUUGUUGGGCAAUGAUUGGUGCUUUAUCUUUUGCUGGUGAUUUCAUUUCUUGGCUUCAAACAAUUGCAGAAGGUGAUUUAAGAAAUUUAAUCAAUGGAGUAGAUGAUAAACGUGAAGUUCAAGAUGAAACUGUUGCUUCGUUAAUUGAAGUUAAACAAUUCUUGGCUCCUCUUAUUAAAGACAUGGUAAAACUUUUUAAGGAAGGAAAAUCGACACUUACGGUCAUAACUAAAUUUUUGGAUCAUGUUUAUAAGAUAACUUUAAAGAAUGAAUCUUUGCAUGAAAAAAUUACACAAUGUUGUUCAAGUAGUCUUGCCCUUCAAAAUAUUUACUUUAGUAUAUUGAAUAGAGGUGAAGUAACCAAGGAGAGAAUCAAGGAUGCUGCUACAAGAGGUACAUACAAAUUCUAUCGUGAUGAAAAUCAUGACAAAUGUGUGGUAGAAUUAUUAUGUAAAGACAAGUCAGGAUCGAUGAAUAAGUAUGAUCUUUCUGGGUUACAAGAUCUACAAGGACAAGCUCUUUUGAUCGCAAAACAAGCUGCAUCGGCUUUUGUUUUGCGUUUACCGAUUGAAAGUGAAAGUAGUCUGGAACAAGGAACUGAUGAACUGAUGAAAUUUGUACAACAAGUAGAUACAGUACACCAUAUUAUAAAAUACGCUUCUCAACUAAUGGAAUUGGGUCAUUUUUCAUAUAGAGAAUGGAGUAUAUCUGUGGAUUCCACGGAAAAUAUGGUAGCAUACCUUGAAGAGCUUAAAGAUGAUCUAAAAGAAUGGGAAGAUACUAUGAAACGAGCACAAGAAAAGCAUUACUAUUUAACCUUCUAUACAGCUAAACAUAUUUUGGCAUUUUAUGAUUAUUUCAGUUGCAAUGGCAAAGUUGACUCAAAGACUCGCGAGACAUGUGAAACAUUACUUCGAUUUGUGAGUAAAGGAGCAAAAUUACCACCAAAUAAUGGCGAUAUAAAAAUCGACACGUAUCACAUAAACUUUUACGAAGUUCUCUGCAAAAUAGGUGAAAAGUUAUAUAAUAUCUUUACACAACAAUAUGAAUAUCCUCGACAAAUUAAUGCAAAUUUAGAACCAAUUAUGUCAGAUGUGGUUUAUUCGGGUAAAUUAUUCGUUGCUGCAUGCACUGACACUUAUCGUGUUCCUAAUAUUAUCCUAUCUCUAUACGCAAAUCAUCGAUGUGAUAACCGCCAUUUGUACCCUGAACCAUGGCAAAUUUUAAUGUGCAGAGCUACUACAACUGCUGAAGAUAUUUCACUUUUCAUCAAAAGAUGUUUUCUGGCAACAAAAAAUGGUUACAAGGAUUACUUAUUCUGUAUCGCAGGUUUAGAACUUCUUGAAUUCGAAUUACAAUAUAAAUUAGUUAAUGAUGUACGACACUAUCAAGAAACUAAAGAAGAUUAUUAUUUGGCUUUGAUUUGUUGUCGAGAAAAUGGUGUUCAUCAUCAUAUUCUUGAUCAAUUUUCGGAUCGAGUAUGCACAACUAAUGGUCUUGGAGAAACUACUAUGACGAAUAUGUAUAAAGAACUUUGUCCGAACGCGUUUUGUGUCACUUCUAAUCUAUCUGGCCAAGGAAAAACUGAAUAUAUAAGGAAUGCUAGUUUUAGGAGUAAUUUAGUUGUUCGAAGCUUAUUAAUAAGUGAUAGCAUUCGUUUCGAUGAACUAGUUCGAAAGCUAAAUGAAUGUAAACUUCGACAAAUAGAAAGUAUGCACUUGAACAUUGUAUCGGUUGAUUAUCCUAAUGAUGUCAACAUUCGUCUCAAGCAAAACGGACAUUGUUUGCCUUCCAGAAUGUAUGUACAUCGAGAUUUUGCUGUAUCACAAGAAAUUUCUAGCCCAAUUCAAGUAGUAUCCCAUUAUUUAGAUAUAUAUGAUAAAAAUCAACUUAAUGAAAAAGAUGUUAUAUUUACCGGACCGAGACGUGUGAAUAAUACCAUAGAACCAGAAAGAUGUCAUGAAUUAGUACAAAAAUACUUUUUGAAUGCUAAAGAUGAAAAUGUUGCAUCAUAUCGUUUUGUAGAAGUUUUUUUAAAAGUAUUUGCUGAUCAAUUGGUCCGUUUAUCAUCAAGUUCUUUCUUCACAGUUGAUAAUCUUAAACUUAUGGUGGGAGAUAAAAACAUUCGUACAACAUUGGUGAAAACUUUACUUGAGGUUUCUAAAGAUUUUGCCACACGCUCAAUUGCUACAAAAAUUGCUCAAUUGGAAUCAACUAUGAAUGCGGGUAAUGAUCAAUUGGAAACUAUAGUUCAAUGGGAUUCUUCUAAUCAUCUCUUGGUAUUCUUUUUGUCUCAAACUCCGGAUUCUAUCUGUGCUCUUUAUCGUAAUCGAACUGAUGUUCCAAAUAACGUGAAACAACUGAUAUUGAGUCAAGAAAUUAAUGAUUUCUCUCAACAUGAAGAUCUAAAAGCUUGGGAAUUGGAUGAUUAUCAUACCAUGUCUUCAAGUGCUUUAUUAGAGAAAUUAGAGCGUAUAGCACGAAAAUCGAUGGGUAAAUUGAAGUUACCUAAUUACGCGUUGUCGGCUGACAAUCUUCUUAAAAUGGCCCUGAUUUUAUUAAGAGCUCGAGCAAACAUUCCAGUAGUCAUAUGUGGAGAAGCAGGUUGUGGAAAGACGAGUCUUAUUGGCUUUCUAGCAGCUGUUGUGGAAGUUAAAUUUAGGGUACUUUCACUUCACGCCGGUGUGCAAGAAGAUCAGAUCCGUGAAUUCAUCGAUUCAAGCACUCAAUAUGCCAAGAAUGGCCAAAUAUGGUUAUUCUUUGAUGAAAUCAAUACUUGUAAUCACAUUGGACUUCUUGCAGAUUUAAUAGCUCAUAGAACUUUGUUAGGCAGACCAAUACAUUGGAAUAUUCGUUUGUUUGCUGCAUGUAAUCCUUAUCGACUUCGUAAAAAAAGCUUAAGUAGUGUAGGCUUGGAAAAAAAUUAUCAAGAACAGAGUAAAUUGGUUUACCAAGUACAUCCUCUACCAAAUCAAGUUUUGGAUUAUGUAUGGGAUUAUGGAUUUCUCAAAUCCGAAGAAGAAAGGGAAUAUAUCAAGAUAAUGGUAGAAAGUCGAAUAGGUGCACAUCCAGUAUUUGUAGAACUCCUUUGUGAAUCACAGAAAUUCAUUCGUGCGGUUGAAGAACCAUACACUGUCAGUUUACGUGAUGUAAAGAGGGCGAUCAAAUUGGCUAUAUGGUUCCAAAAAAGUUUGAAUGAACGACCACCAGUUAUGAAAACUAGUAGUAUUUCAUUCUUUACGAAAACUGCGAGCUAUCCACCAAAAGACAAAAAAAAAUUGAUACGUUGUAGUUUUGUUUUAUCACUUGGACUUUGUUAUCAAUCACGUUUGUAUGAUCAAGAUUUACGAAAAAAAUAUCGUGAACGUAUGUCAAAGGUUUUCAGCAAACAUGGAGAAAGACUUAGUGCUACAGAUUUUCAAAUGAUAAUUCGUAAAGAACAAGAAGAUUUUAUGCAGCGAAUGGUGAUUCCUCCAUCAACAGCUGAUAAUGAGGCACUUUUAGAGAACGUUCUUGUGAUGAUUGUUUGCAUAUUGAAUAGAAUCCCUGUUUUUAUUAUUGGAGCUCCUGGAAGUUCAAAAUCUUUAGCUGUAAGACUUAUUAGUUCAAAUUUCAGAGGAGCGGAUUCUGAGGACGAAUAUUUCAAAACAUUACCACAGGUCUACUUUAUACCACAUCAAGGUUCUGCGUCAUCAACUUCGGCCGGUAUCGUCAAAGUUUUUGAUAAAGCGAAAAACUAUCAAAAAACAAGUUCAAAAGCAUAUCCCGUGCAAGCUGUAGUCCUUCUUGAUGAAGUUGGUCUUGCAGAAACUAGUCGAUUUAAUCCUUUGAAAGUUCUUCAUGCUCUUUUAGAACCUGGUUUCUCUAGAGAAGACGCUGCAGAUAUGGCAAUUGUUGAUGAUCCUAAAGAAAAAAAUUCAAAAGAAAAUUCAAAAUUAAACUCAAUAGAGAAUUCUAAAGAAAGUUCAGAAGAAAAUUCAAAGGAAAAUUCAAAAGAAAUUCCAAAAGAAAAUUCAAAAGAGAAUUCUAAAGAAAAUUCAAAUGAAAACUCAAAAGAAAUUUCAAAUGAAAACAUAAAAGAGAAUUCAAAAGAUUUAGAAAUUCUGGAAGUCAGUAAUGACGACCCACUAAUGUCAAACGGUAGCAAAAAAAAUCUUAAGGAACCAUCAGCUUCAGGUAGUAAAAAAGACUUUAAAGAUGACCCAGAUGUGUCAGUUGUCGGUAUUAGUAAUUGGCGUUUGGAUAACAGCAAGUCGAGCAGAGCGUUGCUUGUACAAAGACCAAAAUUCGGCAUUGAGGACCUUAUUCUGACAGCCUCCAUGCUCUUGGAUGACAAAACUAAAAAUGGUAUCACAGACUCCAGACUUAGACAACUUGCCGAAGCUUAUCUUGAUUAUGAAAAGACCCAAAAAUAUAAAAACUUUCAUGUUAAUAUUCUAACUUAUCACGUACGAACUCAACAAUUGGACCCUGUUGUGCUUUGCGGUUCUCAAUUUCCCGAUGACGGUGAUGGUGAUUAUUUGUAUGCCGUUUUGAGCAGGAUAAUGAAUUAUAUCACUCUUGGCAGUCGCAAAGACACAAAGUUUUUUACACGCGUUGCACUUGGUGCUUAUUCUAACCCAAUGUUAUACGUACAUCCAGACUUCAAAUGCAUCCUAAUCAUGGAUGAGAGUAAACUUGAAUAUACUGAUCCACCUCUGCUCAAUCGAUUUGAGAAACAACGAUUGACAAUUAAUGAUAUACUUUCUGAACACCAUCAUGAACUUUGUGAAGCUUUGUUUAAAUGGGUUCGUCAGAUAUCAACAGUACAGGGGGUCGCAGCAAAUGAGUUCACCGAAAAAGAUAUUUUUGUAGGAUUUAAUAAGGAUGAAACCAUUCAGAGUUUAGUAUUCGACCAGUGCAAAAUGGAAGAAAAAAAUGGAGAUGAUGAAUUAGCAUUAAGGAGAUGUAAGGAAAGAUUAAUUGCCAUUGCCUCAUCAGAUGGUAUUGUCCGAGCAAAAAAAUCUCUUUUGUUCAUGCAAAAACCCCAAGAAGUCAAUGAGUUGUAUAAUUCCUAUUUUAAUAGUGGGAUACAUGAUGAUAUUGAGUCAUGUUUAAGGAUAUUAAUUGGUGAUAAAAAAAAUCGAAAGAAUAAAGAGGCACAAUUAAUCAUUGUAAAUACAUUUUCAAACAUUAAUACUGAUGUUAAGGCUUGCUUGGGUACAUUAGAAGUACCUUGUCAAGUAGAUAAACUUUCGACAUUUAAAACCGAAGCUCAACUACAAGAUCGAAUCAAACGUUUUUGGUUGGAUAGUAGCGAUGAACUUUUAAUUCUUCAAUGUGAUCAAUCAAUGGUAAACUCCAGUUGCAUUAAAUUAGCAAAAUUCAUUAUUGAGCAAAUUCGAACGAAAUACUUGGAAAAGAAGCGGAAAGUUGAUAUUGAUAUGCCAGUAAAACAUGUUUGCAUCAUUCUCCAUAUUCAUCGUGAACAAAGAAUAACUUCGAAUUUUGAUUUCAUGUGUGGAUGGAAUCAAAUUACUGUUGGAACUCUAACACCAGAAGAAAAGAGCCUGCCAAUUCUUCUUGGUGGAAAAAUCAUAAAUGUCAUGAAUUCAGUUUUACCAUUCGAAGAGAUCUUAGAACAGGAAACUUUGAAAUGGUUAGACGAGAACGCUUCAACAAAUUGGCAGUUGAAAGUUGCCACUGACAAGAAAGUACUUUAUUUACAUUCAUCAUUCUGCGCCGCUCUUCAGGCAUAUAUUCGAGUUGUUGUGAGAAAGCAUAUUGCUAAACUGUUAUGCGUACUUGAACGGCUGUCUGCUCUUAAAACUUUACUAAAUCUCGAAAGUAAAAACGGUGAUAACUACCUUAUUGAAUUUUGGUAUCAGAUGUUUGAUGAUGAUAAUGUUAUUGAUGUUGAAUUCUUGAUGGAUCCGAAACCUGAUAAUUAUCCCAUGACAAGCGGUCCAUAUACCAUGGAAUUUCCCUUCUCAUAUUACCUUAUCAAACAAAUUAAUCUUUAUGAAAAACUUUAUUUGGAAGAUGUUAAAAUACUUAAAGAAGAUAAAAAUAAUAUCGACAAUGUUACGGGAGAUUUAUCAGUUAAUGUACUUGCUGAUUGCUUUGAAAGAUUUCAGAACAUUAUAUCAAAACUUCCUGCACUGAAAAAUUCGCCAUCCCAAAUCGCAUCUCAUUUAUAUCACAAAGAUUUCCUAACUUACAUCUCUUCUAAUAAUGGAAACAGCGAGAACCUUAACAUUAUCAACCUUUUAUUACUUCGACGUUUGGGUAAAAAAUUAAUCUUAAAUCCUAUAAGACUUCAUACGUAUUGGUGGGCAAAAUCAGAUAUAAUUUUAACAGAAUUGCAAUUAGUUAAGCUUUGUCCUUCAAUUAUAAACGAAUUAGCAAAAGAUAUAAGUGACAAUUUUGAGGCUUUUACAAUGAAUCUCCCGGAUCUAGCUUCUCAGUUAACACUGGAUCGUGUCCGCACGAUAGGUAACAAAACACAAUUGGAACAAUGGCAGCUUGAGGCUUCUCAGAUACUUAUUCUUUGCUCUGAACUCACAAUGGGUCCUUUAUCUCUCUCUCUUCAACUUUUAAAUAUAUGCAAUGAUCUCGUUUCAAAGCAAAUAAUUUCUUCUAACCAUCUCUUGACGGUUAUUAACAUUGGACGUAACAAUGGUAUUUCGGAUAAAACGUUCAUUGAUUACAUUUUUGACUUCUUUAACACAAAAGGCACAUAUUUGAAUACCGUUGCAAGACAAAACUUUGCGUUAAGAAUUUUAGACAUUAUUCCUCUUGAAUCGCCUACUCGCUUACGUCUUUAUGAAAGGUUGUUUGAACAAGCUCAGCCAUUACCCUUUACAGCCUUUAUAGUACUUUGCAUAUUUCGUUUAGAAGAAAAAGAACUAUUCUCAGCUAUAAUUAGGAAUGCAAAUGAGGUAUUGAAUUUCUCACCAAGACUCAACGUAAUAAAUAAACAAUUAGCAAAUAACUCGUGUGAUUCGCAACUAGCAGCAUUAUUCUGCGAUGUUAUUCAAAAAGAAAUUUUUUCGAAUGUAGGAUUUGAUAAACUUAAAGGAUUAUUCAAAGACGCUUGCAAAGCAUUGUGUUCUAGUAAUGUUAAACCAUUACAGCUUGUUUGUGCUAUAGCUCUAUUAAAACAGUUUAUAAAUAGAUUUUGGCCAUCAGCUUUGGAAAAUGUUUUGAAUGAGUCGUUCGAUUUUAAUUUUAUACAUUCAAACAAAUUCAUGGUUGAACUGAAUGAUUUGAUGCAGAGUCGACACCCACAAGUUCAAUCACUCAAGUUCUAUUUCCUUAAAAAUUUGCGAGAUCGUGGCUUAUCAAUGAAUGAACUUAAACAAUUCUAUAAUCUUCAUAAAGAGAAUCUACCAUGGCUAUCUGAUUUACCAUGGAAUAAAGAUAAUGAUUCUCGAUUACCCUUUAAUCCCUACUCUUUGAUUAAUGAAUAUGAAGAUGCGGAUGAUUCUUUGAGCGGAUCUCAGUUAAAUAGCUUGUUGAUGAAACUUUCAUCAACUGGCAAUUCUAAUUUGCGAAUUGCAUUUGUCGGGGUUAUUGUAGAACGUUUUCUUUCAAUUAAUGCAGUGCGCAAAUUGAAUGAAAAUGAAAACGAAAUAAUUAGUGAUUUAAGAAUAUUUUUGGAAUCGAUUAAUUUAUCGCCAGCCUAUAGACAGCUCAUGAUUUGGCUUUUAGCUAAUGAUCAUUCUAUUUUAGGAAUUCAUCCAAAGAUUAACAAUAAAAAUUUAUUAAUUCGUUUGGUUAUUAUUCAUACGCUUGCAGUUCAUGCAUCACUUCCAUCUAAUUAUUCACCAUUAACAAUGUACCUUCAAAAACUUCAAGAGGUUGACAAUACUUAUAUACUUACUUGUCCAUCUGAUGAGGAAGCAAUAUUAAUGAGUGCUCUUAAGGGAUUUACAUGGUAA